UUAUUCUUGCAGUGGUGGUGACCUCCCGUGGUAGAUGAAAUAUUCGCAAUUGAACCCGGCAGAGUUUCGCGAUUACCGCUAAUUACUAUAAAGAUACAGUUGUACAUAUUACGGAUUGUUGGUCGGUUAAUAAAUCAGUAAGUUCUGUUCAGACUUGUGACUGAAAGCAAAGUGCAAAGUUACCCCGAUGCUUCUGCGUGCUGGUCUGUUGUGUGACGUCGUACUGUCUUUUAAUAGUCAGCCCCUGUGACCGGUUUUUCCGUCGUUAACAAGACACCGUUGUACGUUGAGACGCGCCCUCGUCCGACCUUGAAACCUAUAAUCGUUCAUAGCGUUCGAUGUUCGAAAUAUCGUCUACAAAACUAUUAAUCGUGCUCCACAGGUUCGAAUCUUUUUUGUUUUCUUCGGCGCCUCGUUAACAAGAAGCAACAGUGAAAUGGCAAAAAAGACGUACGAUCUGUUGUUCAAGUUGCUGCUGAUCGGUGAUUCCGGAGUUGGCAAAACUUGUAUAUUGUUUAGAUUUUCGGACGAUGCAUUUUCAACGACAUUUAUUUCUACGAUAGGUAUCGAUUUUAAAAUCAAGACAGUGGAAUUAAGAGGAAAGAAAAUCAAGUUACAGAUAUGGGAUACAGCCGGUCAAGAAAGAUUUCAUACCAUUACUACAUCAUAUUACAGAGGUGCAAUGGGUAUUAUGCUUGUUUAUGACAUUACUAAUGAAAAGACAUUUGAAAAUAUUGUUAAAUGGCUGAGAAAUAUUGACGAACAUGCAAAUGAAGAUGUGGAGAAAAUGAUACUGGGGAACAAAAGCGAUAUGGAAGACAAACGUGUUGUUAGCACAGCAAGAGGGGAAGCGAUAGCACGAGAGCAUGGAAUCAGAUUUAUGGAAACAUCUGCAAAAGCAGAUAUUAAUAUUGAUCGUGCAUUUAAUGAAUUAACCGAAGCAAUAUUGGAGAAAACUCAUGGAAAGGAACCACAAGAUGCUCCUGAUAGAGUAACAGUUGAUCGAAGGGUGGAAAGGAAUUCUAAUCGGUGCUGCUAAUCUUAUAUUAUUUAUUUUAACAGCGCAUAAUAUACUAUAUAUCAGCUCGUGCCACUCAAAAUAGAUCUGUGGAUAGAUUUAGAGCAUAAUUUAAAAAAGCAUAAUAGUAUAAUUAAACUCUUCACAACACUGCCUAAUCAAAUUCGAUUGAACUUAUUUAAUGAGAUUUCUGAUAAAGAUAUAUCUAAAUUUAUUUCAAAAAAUGUGAAAGGAAGUAACUCCAAUUUGAAAGUGAAGUUUUUUAAUUAUACCUGGAUUUCAAAGGGUGGGUUAUAAAUGCUAUUUGUCACAUAUAUGACUGUAUACUUAUAAAUGUACUUAUAAAUGUGUCUAUUGCAUGUAUACAAGCAUUAAGCUCCAUCACAACUUUUAUAAAGAACACAACAAAUCAAUAAUAUAUACUGCUGAUGGAGCUUUGUUUUCCAUGUGAAACUUCAUGCGUUGUUGCACGAACAAAGUCAACUAGGAACAAUUUGUUUGUUAGGAGGCUGCAAUUUGUUACCAUAAUGAGAAGAGUGAGAAUGAAUGAGGGCUUUUGAUCUUAAAAAAAAUCUAUGUGAACAUUGAAUGCUUUUUCAUACGGACAUUGCACUACAUUGCUUAUUUACAUUUUAAGUUAAAAUCUAAAAGCUUAAGUCCAAGAGCUUUUAUCCUACUUGUGUAAGACUAAUUUACUACAAAUAUAAAUAUUCACGAUUUCGAAA